AUGGAUAACCUUUCCUACAACACGGCUGAGGCCGCGACCUCGACAGUUGGAGGGCAAGUCUUUGUUUUGACGACCACGGCUGCUGAUACCGCGCACUACGGGGCCUUGAGACGAGGAGCUGGCUGGGUCGUCUACGCCUAUCCGCCCAUCUACUUCGCGACCACACUGCUGGCCAAGAACGAUAUCCUGAUAAAGUGGGGGAACUACACGCGGCUCAUGGCGGCCAGCACGCUGAUCUACAUCACCGCCAUCUUUGUCAACCUAUUCCUCUGCUCGCCCAUACGCAAGUCGUGGGACUUUUUCGCUCCCGGCACGUGCCCCGACUGCCAGCGCGUCUACGGCUCCGUCGCACGACUGGUAAUUUAUCUAUGGGAGAGCGGACGGGAUCCCGAGUUCUCUAGUGCCUAUGGUCAGGGACGGUGGAGCCUCAAGCAGCAGCGGAAAGUAGCAGAGGAACAACACCGGGGGCUGAAAAACGACGUGCAGCUACAGAAGCGUGAGAAUGAGAAUGCUGUCAGUAAUAUACUCACGGCCAAGGAGAAGAGCCUUGACGAGGUGCAGCAGCAGUCGGCCCACGAACGGACCAGGAAUAAGAUUCUGGACCCUGACGGCCAGCAGAAGAAGAUGGACGGGCUGGAACUAAAGUUCGACGGUAUCAACACAACCAUUGUGCUCAUAUGCCUCGCCAGCAACAUGAAGAUCACGACAAGUGGAGAUCAGCUUCCAGUGCAGCACCUUGGUGAGGCGGGAGGGCAGUUUUCGCAGAUGCGCAGCUCGUACUUGAUCUUGCGACAUCUGCUGUGGAAGACGGUGGUGGACGGCUUCUUUGGCCCGUCUUGCGACGGGUCGGGAACGGCGGAGACGACCUCGAGCCUGUCAAGAUUCUUCGUUCUGGGGUUAUUUACUUCCAGCACAGGCUGGACUACUAGUCACGUUUUGUAG